AUGGCGACCCAGGCCCCCAAACCGCCAUCGUUCGCUGAGAUCGACCGGCAGCUCUGUGUCCCUGGCACGCCCUUCGAGCUUGAGACAGUGCAGAUCAACGGGCUCACGAACACGGUGUGGAAGCAUAUGCCAAAGGUCUUCCGCCCGUACCUCCUUGGCAGCCUUGCCAAGUUCUCCGACCAGGUCCUCAUCAAUGCCCCCGCGGCAGAGCCUGCGCCAGUGACGGAGCGCGUCGACUGGACUUUCGGCCAGGUGCGCCAGCUUUCUCUGGCACUCGCGGCGUGGAUGGCGGCGCGCGGUGUCAAGCAGGGCUCACUCGUCGGCGUUGUGGGCUACAACACUGCCGAGUGGAUCAUCACCUGGGUGGCGAUCCACGCCCUCGGUGCCGUUCCCGUCAUGGUCAACGCCGCGACCCAGGCCGACAGCAUGGCUCACUGCCUGAAACUCACCAAGCCCGAGCUGGUUCUUUGCGACGCGACGACGGCUGUCGCCCUGUCCAGCCUUGCUGGGCAGCUCAAGGAGGGUGGUGUCGGGCCCCUCUACUCGUGGCAGGACACGACGCAUCUCGGCAAAUGCAGCGUCGAGAGGAUCGACCUGGCCAAACUCCAAGUCACGGCGGCUCAGAUCAAGGCCGUCGAGGAGGGUAAGGGUAUCACCGACCUGGGUCCAGAGAGCGACGGUGUCAUCUUCUUCACCUCUGGCACGACCGGAUACCCCAAGGCCGUGCUCAGCUCGCAGCGCGCCGCGUUGCACGGCGUCAUCUCUUCCGUCUACCCUCUUGCCCGCCUGGCUAUGCGCCAGGGUGCGCCAGCAUCGAUGGUGCUCGACAUGGUAGCAAACCCACCGCAGGAAGACCCCAACGUCAUCCUCAUGGCGGUUCCGUUCUUCCACGUCACGGGAUGCCUGUCGAUCCUGCUCAAGGCCAUUGGAGACGGUAACACCAUGAUCACGAUGCGCCGGUGGGACGUGCCGGAGGCUUGCCGCCUCAUGGUCAAGUACGGUGUCAACGUCGUCUCGGGCGUGCCUGUCAUUCUUCUUGCCGUCAUGCAGUCGGGCCUGCUCCCCAAGGACUUCAAGCUCAAGUUUGCGAGCUAUGGAGGCGCACCGGCGCCAGAGCGUAUGCCUGGAGAUAUCAAGAAGCGGUGGCCCGAGAUGAUUUCCGCGACGGCGUGGGGUAUGACUGAGACGAAUGCCGUUCACUCGGUGUUUGGAGGCGAGGACUACGUCACUUAUCCCAAGAGCGCGGGGGCUGGGUUACCUGUCAACGAGUUGCGCAUCGUCGAUCCCGAGACUCGUCGCCCCCUGCCCACUCGGAGUGUGGGUGUGAUCGAGGCGCGCGGGAUGAACAUCAUGAAGGGGUACUUGAACGACAGCGAGGCCACAGCCAAGGCUAUCAACUCCGAGGGCUGGCUCGACACCGGUGAUGUUGGAUGGAUGGACGAGAACGAGCUGCUGUACAUCUCGGACCGUGCAAAGGACAUUAUCAUCCGCGGCGGCGAGAACAUUUCGUCCGAGGAGGUCGAGAACGCCGUCUUCCGCGACGACCGCAUCUCCGAGUGCGCGGCCGUUCCCGUGCCCGACGACAUCCUCGGCGAGUUGGUCGCCAUCGCCGUGUCCCUCAACCCUGGGGCAAAGGCAACGCCAGAGGACGUCCAGGCGACGGUGCACUCGCGCGUGCGCUCUCCUGCCCGCCCCGUGUUUGUCUACGUUUCUGAUGAGCCUCUGCCGCGUAACGCCAACGGCAAGCUCAUCAAGACCGAGAUCAAGAAGGCGGUGCAGGCUCUGUAUGCGCAGAAGAAGCGCCGCGAGUCCAAGCUCUAG